AUGGAUGAAUCAAAACCCCCUGUAUCUUCACCGGGACCACCACCCGAACGCUACCCCAUGGAUUACAAUUUCAGCAAAGCUGGGGUUAAUUCAGUGGCGAUUGUGAUCCUGUCUCUGGGAAACUGCGGACUCUCCAAAGGUAUCUCCCUUUACCUGGUGGGAAUGGCAGCAGCUGAUUUAAUAUGUGUUAUUGUUGCUGUUAUACUGUGUGAGAUCAAUAAUAUCUAUGUUUAUGCCCCUCCUUUGCUCAUUACACCGGUUUGCACCGUGACGCAUGCCCUGAGGGUCACAGCCAUGGACUGUUCCGUUUGGCUCACGGUGGCUUUCACGUUCGAUCGCUGUAUUGCAAUCUGCAGUCAAAAGCUGCGGGAGCGAUACUGCACCGAAAGGACAGCGACUAUUGUGAUAGUAAUUGUGUGUUUAGGAAGUUGUGCGAAGACUGUUCCAUUAUAUUUUGUGUUAGAACCUCACGUUAUCAUUGGCAACGUACCUUGGCGAUGUAUUUUGAAAACCGAUUUCCUUACUUUACCAGCAUGGAAAGCAUACCAGUUGUUUAACACUCUCACUACACCUUUAUUGCCGAUCGGUUUGAUUGUGCUUUUUAAUGCUUUAACAAUCAGUCACAUUAUCGCGGCAAACAGAGUUCGCCGGGGGCUCAGGAACAGCAGAGAGAAAAAGAAUGACCCAGAGAUGGAGAACCGGAGAAGAUCAAUAAUGUUGUUGUUCGCUCUCUCCGCCAAUUUCAUAUUGUUGUGGAUCCCCUAUAUUGUAUACACCAUGAACUGGCAAGUUCAGAAUUACUCUUACACAGACAGAUAUUUAAACACCCCGACAUAUGUACUGCAACAGUUUGGGUUCAUGUUGCAGUUUCUCUGUACCUGCACCAACACGUGUAUCUACACUCUGUCACAGAGGAAAUUCAGGGAGGAGCUGAACGGUGGAGUCAAACAUUUGGUUAAGUUAUGUGGUCGGCUCUGUGGAUGAACGCAAACCUAAUGGCAAGCUCUGAGGGGAGUUGAAAUGCAUUUCUAUGUGACCCAGAGUCCUCUAUUUUUCUAAGUUUCA